AUGGCAAAGAGAGAGCGUUCGAUCAACUGGGAGAAAGAAGAAAAGGAUAUAAAAUCAGACGAUUGUGAGACAAGUAUGAUGACACCAGUGAGCCAAGUUGUACCAAUCAUGACUAAUUUUGUAACUGGAGACAAUGGUGAAAUGCCAUUCAAUGCACAAACUCUACAAGCAUCUUCUUGUCUCCCGAAUGUAAUUGUAAUUGAAGAGUCAGUGCCUAGCGGAAGUGACCAGCAAACACCAACAGCGAGUCGCUUAGAAAGUCGUCAGACCCCAAAGUUAUCUGCAAAAAAGAAAUUGUUAACAAAAACUUUUAAUUUUGGAGAGAGUUCCUAUGAAGACAUGCAUAACUAUCGCAAAAGAGAUGAUGAACGCCUGCAGAAGGAACAUGAGCUGCGAAUGAAAAACAUGGCUGAGAUACAUAAUCAAGUUAUGAUUAAUUUAAAAUUACAAAAAGAAAUCUUGGAAAAAUUUUUAAACACAAUAUAA